AUGAGGUUCACGUUUCCACUAAUAGCCAUUGGCCUGGAGGUUGCUAUAAUUGUUUUAUUUCAGUUAUUUGUUCAGUAUGAUACGGAUCAGCACAUUGUUCAGCAUCUCAACACCUCCAAGACAUCAGACAUGGACAGAUUCAUUGAAUUAUAUCCUUUGUUCCAAGAUGUACAUGUAAUGAUAUUCAUUGGGUUCGGCUUCCUCAUGACCUUCCUGAAGAAGUAUGGCUUCGGUAGUGUUGGCUUCAAUUUCAUUAUCGCUGCUCUAGGCCUUCAGUGGGGAACAAUAGCACAAGGGCUCCUUCACAGCCAUGGGGAGAAAAUUCACAUAGGUAUCAAAAGCAUGAUAAAUGCAGACUUCAGUACAGCUACAGUUUUGAUUUCUUUUGGAGCUGUCUUGGGAAAAACAAGCCCAAUCCAAUUGCUCAUCAUGACUAUUAUAGAGAUUACUAUCUUUGCUGGCAAUGAAUAUCUUGUUGGUGAAAUAUUUAAGGCCUCUGAUAUUGGAGCAUCAAUGACCAUCCACGCUUUUGGGGCCUACUUUGGCUUGGCUGUAGCAGGUGUCUUGUAUCGCUCUGGCCUAAGAAGAGGGCAUGAAAAUGAAGAAUCUGUGUACCACUCAGACUUGUUUGCAAUGAUUGGGACUCUUUUCUUAUGGAUGUUUUGGCCGAGCUUUAAUUCUGCUAUCGCUGAGCCUGGAGACAAGCAGUACAGGGCCAUUGUCAACACCUACUUCUCUCUCGCUGCCUGCGUGCUCACAGCAUACGCCUUCUCCAGCCUUGUUACCCAUCGUGGUAAACUGGAUAUGGUUCACAUUCAGAAUGCAACCCUUGCUGGAGGGGUUGCUGUGGGCACUUGCGCAGACAUGGCGAUCAAUCCAUUUGGCUCUAUGAUCAUCGGUGGCGUUGCAGGAAUCAUCUCUGUGAUUGGGUUUAAGUUUCUGACUCCAUUUUUUGCAUCUAAACUAAGGAUUCAAGAUACAUGUGGGGUCCACAACCUUCAUGGCUUACCCGGCAUCAUGGGAGGACUGGCUGGCAUUGUAGCGGUGGCCCUGGGUGUAUCUGACACAUCUACCAUGGCCAUGCAGGCAGCAGCACUGGGCUCUUCUAUCGGAACAGCGAUUGUUGGAGGGCUGAUUACAGGUUUAAUUCUAAAGUUACCCAUCUGGGAACAGCCAACGGAUCAGAACUGCUAUGACGACUCUGUUUAUUGGGAGGUCCCUGAGUGCACAGAACAUGACAAUCGCUUUAACGCACAUGACAGCCACAACCAGCUGGAACCUGAAGUCUAA